AUGUUCAGAUCCGUUAUCUUGUUCGACAAUGCUGGUGCCGGUCACAGCACUGGCGAAAUCGGCGACUCUAUCGCUGCCCAGGAUGACAUAGCAGUUGCCCUUCUCCAGGCUAUCAAAGUGGACAAGGUCAACUUGCUCGGUUUCUCUAUGGGAGGCGGUAUUGCGCAGCACAUUACCAUCAACUACCCUGACCUUGUGGAGAAGGCUGUCAUCGCUGGAUCGAUCUUUGGAAACGGACCUGGCCUGGGCUUGUUCUUCUACCCUUCCAACACUGGCACGGCUGCAGCUGUCGACCACGCUGAUCGCAUCGCCGAGCGGAACUUGCCAGGCGAGAACAAGACGAACCAAGUGCAAGAGCCUGAUACCUCUGGACACCUCAACGCUAUCCUCGACUUCACCCGUAACUCCACAUACCUGGAGCAAGCGAAAAAUAUCAAGGCGUCGCUUUUUAUUACCUCCGGAACACGCAAUGUCUUAGCACCUUCCUCUGGCGACUUUGUCCUCCAGCAAAAGGUUCCUGGCUCCUAUUUGCAAGUCUUCCCAGACUCCGGACAUGGUCACCUCUUCCAGUCUCCAAAGGCUUUCUUCGAACUAGUGCAGGAGUUUCUAGGCGCCUAG